AUGGCACGUUAUAAAAGUGCCGCAGUUCCAAAAUUCGGCAUAUGGAACGAUGAUGAUCCUCAAUCUGCCAAGAAUUUUAAUAACUUUUCGAUGAUGCUCAGAAGGGAAGGAAUGUGGUGGCCUGGGAAUAUCUCUGGCACGCCGAAGCUUACAUCUCACAACAUACCAAUGCAUCAGUACAAUAAAAAUCAGAAGGAACUAGAUGGGCUAGCAGAUCCUAUGAAGAAAGAAGUUGCUGUUGUUAGGAAAAAAAUUGAUACAGUGAACAAGGAAUUAAAACCACUGGGACAGACUUGCCAGAAGAAGGAAAAAGAGUACAAAGAAGCUCUCGAGGCUUUCAAUGAUAAAAACGAGGCAUCAAGACUUGAGUACGGAGGCAUAGUGCCUAUGCACCAUGUGGAUGGAGGCAUGGUGCCUCUGCCCAAGUGUGGACGGAGGCAUGAGAUGCCUCCAUCCAAGUGUGGACGACGGCAUGAGAUGCUUCCGUCCAAGUAA